AAAAAAAAGGCGGAGGGUAAGAAUCACGAGACGACGUCGUUCUGUGUGGACAUUGUCACUGAGGAUUCCUUCUACGAGAAUUUGACCCUCGGUGUGGUCAAGAUUCUCGAGAGCUCGCCGUGCGUGAGAAACGUGCGAAUCGAGAGACGAAACGGUUGCGAAUCCGGUGCCAUAACCAGCUGGGAGCAACGCCAUUGUUGCGCGCUUCCCGAGGACAUCCGGAAUUUCUACGCCUCCAUCGAUGGCUUCCUACUGCAAUGGAAUCUCGAUAUAGCUGGCGAGGAAUUUCCAAUAGGUCGGAUGGAGAUCGGUACUCUUUCGUCGCUGAAAAGGUACGCUGGCAAAGAUCGGCAGACGGGGGGACCGUCGACGCAGGAUUUGUCGGGGACCCAAACUGCGGAGCCGCAAGACGCUACGUUCUCUGGAGAUUCACGCGACUGCAAGUUGUUCGAGAUCGGCCAGUGUUUUCCGGGAGCCGAAAAUGGCCGAAUCUACUUGGCGUAUCGUUCCAAGCAGGAGCAGGACACGCCCGGCAUUUGGCUCCAUCGGGGUGGCGGCUGGUACCACCUGGCCGACAAUUUUACCACGUACUUUCGCAUGAUGCUGGUCCAUUUGGGCCUGCCACUAUGGCAAUGUUGCGUGGCCGGACUGCCUCUGCCCACCUGGGUCGAGCAGGCGUAUUUUCUGGUCGGACCUCAUCUACUGCCGUCCACUGUCGAGCCCACCGAGACCAUGUCCGCUUCAUUAUGGAACAACGGGCCUGUCAACGUUCUCGAUCCGGCCAUCUUCAAGGCCAAGGAUGGCAAACAGAGGAACGCUCGCAAAAAGUGAGCUCAUUAUGAUGGUACUUAUUAUAUAAUAAUGGCACUUGAAGUUUUUAAGGGGAGGGGUCAAAGUUCCACUUAAGGUCAGGCUA